UCGAUUUUGUGCGCUAGUAGAAGCUUUGCUACCGCUUCAUGCAAAUUUAUUUCACGUUAUAAUUCAUUUUGUGCUGUCUUCAUAAUCGUUUGAAUUAUCAUAUCUGCACUACACUGAGCAAAGAUCCACAGGUAUCGUGGUGCGUGGUGAAACGCUGUUGAAGAUAGGAACCCAAGAUAAGUAGACGAACAGUGUGCCAUAAAACCUUGGUCCAUUGCCUCAACCAAAAAUGAAAUUUCGCAAAGGAGCUCGCAAGGAGCAUCGUCAGCUACAGAAACAAAAGCGGCACGCCCAGUCUGUACGUUACCUCGAGUGGCAGCAGAGCGGUCACAGUAGUGGAAAGAAAAUUCAGAAGAGAAAGGGGUCGAUAAACAUGCGUGGCAUCAACGGCCAGAUGAAUCGGAUUUUUACGCAACUUGAUAUUUACGGACGACUGGAGUUGAAGACACAGCCGCAUGAUAACAACCAUAAUUUCAAAAAUUUUCAAGGCAGCAGGAACGAUGCAGACGGUGAUGACUCCAGUGCCGAUUUUGGAGACAGAUUGGAGCGUGCAUACAAUGAUAGCGACGUAACUAAAAAACUUGACGUAAAGGAAUCGCAUGAGGAUCGCAUCAGCAGAUUACUCCAGGAGAAUGAGGCAGAAAAUAAAGAGAUAGCAAAACUUGAGAAGCUACUGUAUCUCAAUAAGCGAAAGAAUAAUAAUAUGCCGAAGUCAUUUGUUGAAGAAGGGUUGGAUUUCAUUUUAGAGCUGGUUGACAAAAAAUAUAAAAAGAGAUACAAUGAUGAUAUGGAACUUUUGGAAGAACAAGGAGAACUUGGUAAUGCACUUGUCGGAGAUCAUCAAGAAAAAGAUAACGAAGUUUCAGGCAAAUAUGAGGACAGCUCUGCGGAUGAGCUCACUCGGCAGAACGAAAAAAGGCGGAAAAUUAAAUUUGCAAAUCAACCGAGCAACGAGUCUGAGCAGAGAGAAAGUGACAGCGAAGUGGGCAUUAGUGAUUCUGAAAGUGGUGAAGAGUUGGGCGUAGAGAGUGAGGAAGAUUCGGAGGAUGCCGAUAUCGUCGACAGCGACAACGAAGAAGGUUUUGACGAAAAAGAUAGUGUAGAUGAGACAGAUAGCAAGGAUAACAGGAGCAGUGACGAUGGCGAGUACAAAGAGGACGUGACGAUGGAAGAGCUAAAAGCUCUUCGCAAUACAAAUAGUGCCGGUAUUAAAAUAUCAGAGAAUAUCAAAGUGAAAUAUCCAACAAGGACAACGAAACAGCAAAUUGAGGAAUCCGCUGACGACGUCAUGAGGAAUUUAAAAGCUAUGCGCAAGGGUAAAGGGGGGCUUCUAUCAGAUGCAGCUGACACGACUAAUGCAAGUAAAAGAAGACGAGUGGUUGAAAAGACCGAGCAUACUGACUAUGAAGAUAAUUCGAGUGAAUUUAGCGAGAAAGAAGCGAGUGACGAAGAUGAUUUAAAAGACGAUGGAAACGAACAGAAUCUUGAACUUGAUUAUUCUGACGAAUUUGGUAAUGAGACUGUAGAGGAGAAAGAGCGUAACGAUAGCGACAGCGAAAGUAUUGUGGCGGAUCAUUUCAUACGCAAGAGAAACAAAGUGGCUGCAGAUGGCACGUACGAGGACAUCUAUGGACGAAAAAGGAGCGCCCAGGGUGACGUCGUCGAUUCCGUAAAUCAAAAGUACGUUCCUCCAGCGAAAAGACUCGCAAUGGGCUGCGCCAAUAACGACAACAACAAGAUCGAGCUGGAAAAAUUACAAAAACACGUUAAAGGUCAACUGAACCGUUUGAGCGAAACCAAUCUCCGUCCAAUAGCAAGCCAAAUAUCUGAGCUUUAUUCAAAGCAUUCGAAGAACAACGUCACGUCAAUCUUAAGUAUAGUAAUCAGUGAUGCAGUGUUCGGGCUCAGUCUGACGCCCGAACGACUCGUGUUAGAGCCAGCUCUCCUUUGUGCGCUGUUGCACGCAAACGAGGGCCACGAGGUGGGCGCGCAGAUUCUUGAAGAUGUCGUCGACAGGCUCAGAUCACUCUUACAAGAUAAGGAAGAACGCGUUAAAGGUAAACGACUGGAGAACGUGUUGCGUUUCCUAUGUUACCUAUUUUUAUUCAAGGUAGUCGGCCACAGUAUUAUCUAUGGAGUUUUAAAUAGGCUCGACCCGACAAGUGAGCAUGACGCUAAGCUUAUACUGGCUGCGCUGAAAACGUGCGGCUUUGCUUUGCGCAAGUGCGACCCGGUCGCUUUGAAGGAACUUAUCAUUUCACUGCAAUCGAAGUGCCGCGAUUCGAGUUCGUCAUCCCAACAUCGUUUCAUGCUCAACACACUUUUUGCGCUCAAAAACAAUAACAUUUCGAAGAUCUCUAAUUGUGACCCUUCGCUGAGCGAAAGAGCCCUCAAGUCACUUAGAGCAUGUCUUAACAAAGGCGCCGUGCUUCAGGAGCUACAUGUAACGUUGGAAGACUUAUACGACGCUCGAAUGAAAGGAAAAUGGUGGCUGGUAGGUUCAGCUUGGACGAAGGAGCAGACAGAGAAUGAGAAUGGCUCAAAUAAGGGUUCUACACAGGCGGCAAUCUGCGUAGUGGAUGAGCUCAGUUCAAAAAUUUCGGACCUUGCUCGUAAAGCUGGAAUGAACACGGAUAUUCGUCGAGCAAUCUUCGGUAUUAUCAUGUCUUCCGAGGACUACCUCGACGCGAGCGAACGCCUCCUUAGACUCAACCUUACAUAUGUCCAACAAAGGGAACUUUGCUACGUGCUACUACUAUGUGCCGGGAAUGAAAAGAGCUUCAAUCCUUAUUACGCCCAUCUUGCACUUUUUUUCUGCAACAAACACAAAAAGGAGUUCUCGAUGACUCUUCAAUGCGCUAUUUGGGACGCCAUCAAAGCUAUUGGCUCGUACUCUGAGAAUAAAGUAACAAAUCUUGCACGAUUUACGGCGUUGCUCGUCUACCGCAGAGGUUUGCCGUUAUCGGUUCUCAAAAAUGUUGAGUUUGUUGACUUGUCAAACAAUAAAGUCAUACGAUUCCUCAGGGUUCUUUUGUUAAAUGUCUUAUUAAAUCUAAAGAGUGAAGAUGUUUCGGUCUUGUUCGCAAAAAUCGCUCUGGCAGGACCAAAAUUGGAACUUCUCAAACAAGGACUCGGUAUUUUCCUCAAAAGAUUCCUUUUAAGUAAUAUGCACCUGGAUGAUGCGCAAAUGAAGAAAGUGAAAAAGAACAUCGAAGCGGCUGAAGAAGGUCUCAGUACACAAAUUGAAAAAUCUGAAGUUGACAUAUUUGAAUAGGCAAUUAGGUAUUUACGUCUAAAACUGAUUUAUUAUAUCCACGACGAGGAAAACUAAUUUAUUUUCUAUUAAAACCCGUAUCAUCAAACACGGUGUUAUGAAAAAACAUUAAUGCAUAAAAUCUCGUUCGAAGUUAGUGUUGUUAUCAUCUGUUCAUUUGGGGACUAAGUUACUGGUAUUCAGUGAAAGUUCUUUAAAUGCUAUGCUCUUUGAUCCCUUUUGCCAAAGGCAAUUGUGACGGAGAAUCGUUUCUGAUUUAUAUAUUUAUUGUUAUCUAAUGCUGUAGUUUUUUCAAAAAUAGAUGUGCACCUGUGUACAUAGAAACGUAAUAAAUACGCAAAAUCAAACCAGAUAAUGUGUAAUUAAUGCUUACAACUUUUGACGGCUAUUCGUAACGAAGAACACGAGCCAGUUAGCUAAAUAUGAUAUGCAAUUUAUGAUACACGCAAGAGACACUCUAUAAUAUUACAAAUAUCGAAGGUGACUUGGAUUAGUCCGCAAAUAUAAACGACUCACCAUGUCAUAACUACAUCUGUGUUAACUGCACCAAAAACAUUCUUCUUACAAAUUUAAUCGAAAUUUCUUAGUCGUUGUUCAAGGCUUACAUAAUUAUGUAAAAAAAACUCAUCGUAGUUUUUAAUAGGACAACGAAACUACGUGCGGUCUUAAAUUUGGCCUUACUUAAUCCUUAUGAGGACUUUAUAUAUUUGUUUGAGUUUUGUUUAU